CCCGCCUCGUAUGUCCCUUGUGUAGUGUACUAGUAAGGCGGACUGGGCUAUUUCACAUUACUGCCGUGUGUAAUCCACACAUGCAGGGUACCGUAUGUGGUACGGCCAGUGGCAGGCACCUUUCUCGUCCUGCGUCGGCGCCACCAGCUGCGUGUUUUCCUAGUGGGGCUCAAUGCUUGCAGCUCGGUUUUUGUUUCACUGUGCCAAGCUUGCAACUCCCCGCGCCGCAUCCUGACCACCACCACCCAUUCAACCAGCAACAAUGAGCAAAUUCGGAGUUAUGGUAAUGGGGCCUGCAGGGGUGGGAAAGUCCACCUUCUGUGCCAGCCUCAUCACGCACCUCCAGUUGAGCCGCCGCUCCGCAUUCUACGUGAACCUCGAUCCGGCCGCGGAGCACUUCGAGCACCAGCCAGACCUCGACAUCAAGGACUUGAUAUCUGUCGAAGAUGUGAUGGAGGAGGUGGGGCUCGGCCCUAACGGGGGGCUGAUCUACUGCUUCGAGUUCCUCAUGCAGAACCUCGACUUCCUCUCCGAGGCUCUCGACUCGCUGACCGAGGAAUAUCUCAUCAUUUUCGACAUGCCGGGCCAGAUCGAACUGUACACGCACGUUCCCGUUCUGCCGACACUAGUCAAAUUCCUAUCGCAGCCAGGCGCGCUCGACAUCCGCUUAUGCGCGGCGUACUUGCUGGAGGCGACCUAUGUCAUCGACCGCGCCAAGUACUUCGCCGGGUCGCUCAGCGCCAUGAGCGCCAUGAUGAUGCUGGAGGUGCCGCACAUCAACAUCCUGAGCAAGAUGGACCUGAUCAAAGACCAGAUGCGCAAGAAGGAUUUCAAGCGCUUCAUCACGCCGGACACCUCGCUGCUCGAAGACGAUCCGGCAGAUCUGGCGCGGAAGAGGGCUGGAGUCAACAUCGACGCCCACUACGCGGAUCCGAAUGACAAGGACGUGGUCAUGUCGGGGGCGUCUUUCAAGCAGCUGAACACGGCCGUGGCGAAUCUGCUUGAGAGCUUCAGCCUGGUCAGCUACCUCAAACUCGACUGCACCGACGAGGAAAGCGUGGCAGCGAUCCUCAGUUAUAUCGAUGACUGCAUUCAGUACCACGAGGCGCAGGAACCGAAGGAGCUGCCCGAUGAGGAGUACGAAGAAGCAGAGUGACGGGCCUCGCUUAGGCAGUACCUUAGACAGUAAUACCUCAUGCUUGGAUGGUGUUGGGAUUCUGGCAUGGCUGGCUCGGGUUCACGGACAUGGCGGAUGGUGUUUGCAUAGCGACGGCGUUUGUGUGUUAGAGAAAAGAAUACUCGUCUCGGAGAAUGAUAUUCCGUUUGGCCUUGUUCCCUUAGUGAAGAC